CUCCUUCCCCUCUCACAUUUAUUGAAAUCUUUCUGAUUACGCCUUCACAUGUUACUCUGCAUCUGCCUAUAUAAAUCUUUCAAUUGUUGACUCAUAACAUUGCUCACUGCUUUUGGUGAAAUCUUGAAAUCUGUAGCACCCCUCUCUCUUGCAAGAAAUCGGAAAAAGGGAUAUUUGCAAAUGGCUAAGGAAGUAUCACACAGUGGUGAGAACAAUACGAGCAUAAAGUCUCCUCCCGAGCCUUCGCCCUUGAGAAAAGCCAAGUUUUUUCAGGCAAACAUGAGAAUCUUGGUUACCGGUGGGGCCGGAUUCAUUGGGUCCCACUUGGUCGACAAGCUGAUGGAGAACGAGAAGAAUGAGGUGAUUGUUGUGGAUAACUACUUUACUGGAUCCAAGGACAACUUGAAGCAAUGGAUCGGGCAUCCAAGAUUCGAGCUUAUUCGCCAUGAUGUGACGGAGCCAUUAUUAGUUGAAGUCGAUCAAAUCUACCAUCUUGCUUGUCCCGCUUCCCCAAUUUUCUACAAAUACAAUCCUGUGAAGACAAUAAAAACAAAUGUGAUCGGGACACUAAACAUGUUGGGGCUUGCAAAGCGAGUGGGGGCAAGGAUCUUGCUGACCUCAACAUCAGAGGUUUAUGGCGAUCCGCUCGUGCAUCCUCAGGACGAGAGCUACUGGGGCAAUGUGAACCCGAUAGGAGUUAGGAGCUGCUACGAUGAGGGGAAACGAGUGGCUGAAACGUUGAUGUUCGACUACCAUAGGCAACAUGGCAUUGAAAUCAGAAUUGCGAGAAUUUUCAACACCUAUGGACCCCGGAUGAAUAUUGAUGAUGGCCGGGUCGUCAGUAAUUUUAUUGCUCAAGCGAUACGAGACGAACCAUUGACAGUACAGUUGCCUGGAACUCAAACGAGAAGCUUCUGUUAUGUUUCCGACAUGGUCGAUGGUCUCAUUCGACUGAUGGAGGGGGAGAAUACCGGACCAAUCAACAUCGGCAAUCCAGGUGAAUUCACAAUGACCGAGCUUGCUGAGACAGUGAAAGAGAUGAUAAAUCCGAAGGUGGAGGUGAUAACGGUGGAGAACACUCCGGAUGAUCCACGCCAAAGGAAGCCGGACAUAACAAAGGCGAAGGAGUUGCUCGGGUGGGAGCCGAAGAUCAAGCUAAGGGACGGGAUUCCCCUCAUGGAGGACGACUUUCGCAAGAGGCUCGAGAUCCCGAGGAAGAAGUGAUAUUGCUGCUUGUUGGUCUAUAUAAGGUUUCUAUAUAAGUAUAUGUCUUAUUCUAAGUUGAGUCUUUGCUUUUGGCAUUCUUGAGAUUUUCAUGCUUGUGGAUAUCUUUCUAAGGACUAUACUGUUAAAAAAGCCAGAUCUUCUUAUCAUUUAUUAAACACUUUUUUUUUUGUUUUAAAA